AUGUGCGAGGAGGCCAAUGAGCCAGGCCUUUUCUUCUCGGCCCCUGCAUGCCGCUUCCUCCUUAUUUCACGACAGGAGGCAUGCGAAGAGGUUGAGAACAGCCCACCCGACGAUGGUACAGCGAAUGUGCCUGCAGACGCGGUAUGUGUCGCGAAGACGUCCUCUGGUGAAGGAGGCGCUCACCGAAAAGCUUGCGAGCGAGCUUUUGAGCUCGCCGACCGGGCUGUCUCGCUAGGGGCUGGGACGCUGCGCCUUUGGCUUCCCGAGGGCCUCGAGGCAUCGGAACCCGGGGAGCAGGCCCCAGUCCUUCUGCUCUUUGAAAAAGACGACUUCUUUGGCUCUGAGAGCUACGAGAGCAGAGCACCGGAGGCUUCUCGGCGAUUUCUUCUUCCCUCCUCGGCACGGAUAUUGGCCGCGUCAAGGAGAUUGAUCUUCGCUGCGCCGCAGGAGUUGGUGCGACAGUGCGCGCUCGGGACAUCGGCUCAGAGUGACUUCUACUUCUGCGCUGUCCUCUUCAGCCAGGCAUCUACUGGACUUGAGGAUGUCGUCACCGUACUGCGCCAAGUGGGACACGAUGUGAGCUGGGUGGCGCGGACCGAAACACGAUGGGCUGCAGAAAGCUUGGAGGCGGGCAGUCGACUGUUGGCCGGUUCGAUACUCGGCGUGGCGCAGGCAGCCACGCAGUCGCUGAAGGCUUGCGAUGUUCGGGGGAUGCUCCCCGAAGGCCGCUUUGAGGUCCCCGGCGCUGCAAGAGAAGUCGCUUCUGGGGCACGAGUUGUGAGCCAGUCCAUGGCAUCCUUGGCCGGGGAUUUGGCCUUUCACUUGGCUUCUGCCGUUGGGCACACGGCCGGUGAACUCUGCCGCGAGCUGCCGGCAAACUCCGAACGGUGGCACGAAGAUCUCCGAGUCAUCGGCCGCUCUUCCCUGAAAGCUGGCGCCGAGGUCUUUCAAGCUGUGGAAGCCGCCACCGGCCACGUGGCACUUGGUGUUGCAGAGACUUCCGCAGAGGCUGUGGGCCACAGCUGUGGGAAUGACGCCAAGGAGGUGUUCCAGGACACCGUCUUCGCCGUGGCGAACGUCCUGGAGGUAAAACACAAUCUGUCCGGCAAAGGUUUGGCGCAGCUGUCCGCACUCAGCUCGGCGAAGGAGCUGGCAGGGGCGCCCGUUGCCGAGCCUCGGAAAGAGACGCCGAGUGAGCCAAGUGAUCAGCGCCCCACUGCCGAAGUCUCGAAUUGGUUCCUCUCGGUACAGUGCCCUCUCCCAUCCGAAGAUGCAGUUUGUGACGAGGAAGUGGCCAGACAGGCGACGCCUGAAAUCUCCGAGGUCGCGCUACAUGACCUUGAUAGCUGA